AUAAAAUUUAAGGUUUUUUUUAUUCAAAGCAAAAGAGAAAAACCAAAUCAGCGAAAAGCCGCCGCAAACGGCUUAGAGGCGAUCUUUUUUGUGUAAGCCCCCGCCCCCUUUAAGAACCAAUGUUCGCACGCAGCAGCGCUAGCGUCGCCGCCGCUGUCGCUGCCGCUGCCGUCGCUGUCGACGUCGUUGACUGUGUCCCGUUCGCCGCUGCCGUGUCGCGUCGCGUCGCGCUCUGUGUUUGAAAGGCCUAAAAAAAACUCGGGUGUGUUCGUUCGGCGGCGCAGAGCAAUGUGAAAGAAAAUUUUUGUACAACGUUCAUUUGUGCUCCAAAAAAAGAUAAGAGUCAAAAUAAAAGAAGAAAAAAAGCGUUGCAAAUAUACGAAAAUUUAUCAAGAAUCUAAAGAUAAGAAGCAACAACAAAAAAAGAGCAGUGUGUGUGUGUAAAUAGAUAAAAAGCUCAAGCUGAAAAAAGUUCUAUAAGAAAGAUCUAUAAAAAUUAAACGGAAAUAUAUUACAAGAAUAUCCAUAAAAUAACGAGGAAAUCCCUUAUUCAAACAAAAGUGUUGGAAAAAGCAUAAAACAACAACAAAUUGCAACUACAAAGGGCGCAAGAUGCCUGUGCAAUAGCCAUGUGCCUAGGCAGAUGUUGUUGCCUGUUGCAACAACAAAACAAAAAACAACGACAGCACCAACAACAACAACAACAGAAGCAGCAGCAUCAGCAAGACCCGCGAUAACACAAACUUCAACAACCACUCCAGUGUUGAAAAACGACAGAGAAAAGAGAAGCAAACCAACACACGCAAAAACCUAACCUCAAAAGUGAAGUUUUUCCAAAAAUAUAUAUAUUUUUUUGAGAGUGCAUUUCUCUGUCUCUGUGUGUGUGAGUGCGUGUGUGCGAGUGGGUUUUGUGUGUGUGUUUGUGUGUGCGGUGCGUCUGUUGGGAGUGUUAGAAUGUGGCAAUGCAAUGCUGUUGAGCAGCUCCCAAAUAAUUACAACACGAAAAUCAACAGCAGCAACAUCAUCAACAACAUCAACAACAGCAAGAAUACGUUCAACAACACCAAGAAAAGGUUCAACAACACGAAGAAAUCGUUCAGCAACUUUAAAAAAACCAAGAGUACGUUCGACAACAGCAAGAAGAGCUUGAAAAACACCAAUCCCAUUUAAGCAGCACAACAACAAGAGUGUUUGAAGCCAAAAAAAAGAGUUCGGCAUGAAAUGGAAGCAGCUAUACGCUCCUCUUCAGUGCAGGUCGGUGCUCCGCCGCCCACAAAUAACACCACAAACGGUGCACAGCAGCAGCAGCAGCAUCAACAGCAGCAGCAGCAGCAACAACACCAACAGCAACAACAACAACAACACCAGCAACACCAACAACACCAACAUCAGCUUCAACAACAGCAUCAACAACACCAACAGCAACAGCAGCAGCAACACCAACAACACCAACAGCAGCAGCAACAGCAACACCACCAGCACCAGCAACAGCUUCAUCAUCAUCAUCAGCAGCAGCAACAACGUGUUGCAAGCAGUAGCCUGCAACACCAGCAACAGCAACAUGAUAAUGGACCAACGUCCCAUCAUUUGCAUCAAUCAUCAGCCUCCAAUCAGCAGCAGCAGCAGCAGCAGCAGCAGCAGCAACAGCAACAAAGUAAAGCAGUGCAACAGCAGCAGCAACAGCAGCAACACCAACAACACCAAAAGCAGCAACACCAACAGCAACAACAGCAGGCUGCCAAUAUGUCCGCGUAUCAGCAGCGUCUGCCAGCCGGUGCAUCACCGAUACACAGGUCGUACAGGGCCUUGGAGCAGUCGCAGCAGUAUGCCAAGAGUCUGGGACACCUGCAGCAACAGUCGCACCACGCCCCCCAGCAGCAACAGCAGCAGCAGCCACCCACAUCCCAGCAGCAGCAGCAGAUGCACCACCAUCAGCAGCAGCAGCAGCAACAACAGCAGCAGCAGCAGCAGCAGCAGCAUCACCACCAGCAGCAGCAGCAGCAGUCCUCGCGUACUGCGGCCAGUCCACUGUCGCCGCCCCGUUCGGGUCCGCCCAGUGGGAACAGCAGUGCGGCAGCGGCGGCCGUCAACAAUUACACGAAAUUUGGCGAGGCGCCGCCCCCGCCCCAGCAUCGGUUCAUUCCGCAGCCGGCGUUCAGCAUCGCCCCGGCGCCCACCUACCGCGAGAAUCCCUACACAUGCCUCACCCAAAUGCAGCAGGCUGCCAUGCCGCAGUACCAGCGGCCGGCACGGACGGCGGUGGCGGCAGUGGCUUCCGGCGCUGGCUGCAAGCCGGGUCAGGGUCCAGGUCCAGGACAGGGCUCGAGCAGCGGCUCCAAUCCCGGCGGCGGUGGCGGUGGCGGAGUGGUCCAGGUGCCGUCCGGCGGGGUGCUGGUCAUGGAGGCCAUGUCCCACUAUCCCAAUCAGCCAGGAUCCUCCGUUGGCAGCCAACAGCAGCAACAGCAGCAGCAAGGAGGCAGCGGAGGCCCCGGAGCGGGCGCAGGCGGGGCUGGGAGCGGCGGAGGCAGCAUAAUGGUGGGAAAUCUAGGGCGCAUCCUCCUGCCCCACUCUGUGCAGUACACCACCGAAUACCUAACCAAUGCCACAGCAGCGGCCGGGGCAGCGGUACAGGUGAACCAGCGUCAGCAGCACCAGCAGCAGCAGCAGCAGCAGCCGGAACCCUUUGGGGCAGGAGGCGGAGUUGGCAGCCAACAGCCGUACAAGAAGCAGCGACUGAGCGAUGGCAAUCCCAGUGGGCUGAACCACCUGCCACCACAUCAGCAGCAGCAUCAACAGCAGCACCACCAGCAGCAGCAGCAACACCACCAGGCACAGCAGCAGCACCACCACCAGCAGCAGCAGCAACAACAGCAACAGCAACAGCAACAGCACCACCACCAGCAACAGCAGCACCAGCAACAGCGUUCCUCGCCAGCGCAGAUGCAGGCGCAGAUGAACAGCAGCCAGCGGCAGAGCAACCACGAGCUCCACCGUCAAAUGGCAGCAGGAGCAGGAGGCAGCGCAGGUGGAGCAGCAGGCGCCGUGAUGUCCGGGGGGCCGAUGGGCAUGCAGCUUAAGGUGGAGACGAUACCGCCGCAGAUGUCCUCGGCGGCGCCGCACACGCCACGUGUACCGCCCUCGUCCAGCACCACCACGAUGGCCACGGGAAUGCAGGGCAUGGGCAUGAGCACGGUGACGGUCUCCACAGCAAUGCCGGGCAGCAGCAUGAGCAGCAGCAUCAGCACCAGCAUCAGCAGUGGUAGCAGUAGCCAUGCCACAGCAGGAGCCGCAGGACCGUCCACCUCUGCAGCGGCAGCAGCAGCAGCCGCUGCCAGCAGUACUGAGGCCUACCAUCCACAGGUGGAGGCCAUUUCUCCCACGCUGCCCAGCGACAAUGCCAUCGACGAACGUGGCCGGAUCACCGCCAAGGAGGACCUCCUCAUGCAGAUCCAGAAGGUGGACAACGAGAUCAAGUCCGCGGAGACCGGCAUGGAGGCGCUGCGGAAGAAGGAGAAGACCCUCAUGGAGUGGGCGGCCCAUUCCAAGCAGAAGAAGGCGCGAUCGCCGCCGCCGCCUGCCGAUGCGGCCAGCACUAGUGCUGCUGCUGGAGAAACCACAGCUGCCAACAACAACAACAACAGCAGCAACAAGGACAACAACAACAAGGACAAGGACGAUGGGGGCGUUGUGGAGGCGGAGGUGGUGGAUCUGUCGAUGCGCAGCCAAAUGCUGGCCGAGAAGAUCUAUGCGGCGAACCGAGCGAUGGCCCAAGAUCGACAUUCCAUGGUGCAGCGGGCCGCCGGAUUCUCUUUCGCUCUCGAUGCAAGAGAGGCGGAUGCGGAGAGCGGGGAGCAGCAACAGCACCGGCAGCAGCAGCAGCAGCAGCAGCACCAGCCGUAUAUGCCGCUCUACAAUCAACCGCUGGACGUGGAGGCGCUGGCGCUGCUGAUAAAGCAGCACCACAGCCACGUGAAGGGGCCCCUCCUGCAGCACAUACGAAAGCUAAAGGCCGAACGAUGCCAGCACCAGCAGACGCUGGUCGAUAAGUACGCCAAGGAUCAGGCCGACUGGCAGCGGCGGUGCGAGCGGGCGGAGGCGAGUGCCAAGCGGAAGGCGCGCGAGGCCAAGAACCGCGAGUUCUUCGAGAAGGUGUUCACGGAGCUGCGGAAGCAGCGGGAGGACAAGGAGCGCUUCAACCGCGUCGGGUCGCGCAUCAAGUCAGAGGCGGAUCUCGAGGAGAUCAUGGACGGGCUGCAGGAGCAGGCCCUCGAGGACAAGAAGAUGCGCUCCUACGCGGUCAUCCCGCCCCUCAUGCACGACGCCCGCCAGCGCCACUGCGCGUACCACAACGAGAACGGCCUCAUCGAGGACAUGUCCACCGUCUACAAGCAGCACAAUGCCGUCAAUCUGUGGACCGCCGGCGAAAAGGAAACCUUCAAGGAGAAGUAUCUGCAGCACCCCAAGAACUUCGGGGUGAUCGCCGCCAGCCUCGACCGCAAGUCCCCGCAGGACUGCGUCCGCUACUACUACCUCAGCAAGAAGCAGGAGAACUACAAGCAGCUCCUCCGCAAGUCCCGCCAGCGCACGCGCAGCUCCCGCAACCCGGCCAAGGCCCAGGCCGCCCAGCCCCAGUGCAUCAUCGACUCGCUUACGACGGGCGUCACCACACGCCUGCAGCGCGAGCAGCAGCAGAAGUCCGGCGGCCGUUCCUCGGCCAUUGCGGAGCGCGAGCGCGCCGAACGGGCCGCCGAGCGGGAGCGGGUCGCCGAGAAGGCUGCCGCCGAUGCCGCCAAGGCGGCCGAAAGUGCCGCAGAGAAGGCCAGCGCCGUCACCAAGGCGGUCGAGGCCAUUGUCGUCAGCGAGAAGGUGGCCAAGGCAGCCGCUGCUGCUGCCGCCGCCGCCGCUGCUGCCGUUACGGCGAUGCCUUCAACAUCAGCGGCAGCAGCAGCAGCAUUGGCAGCAGCCGAAAAGGCGGACUUGGCGGCCAAGGCCACCAGCACCAGCAGCGAGAAGAAUGCCGCCAAAGCAGCAGCAGCAGCCACCGCAUCAGAGAUCUCAUCGGGCAGCAGCACCACCACCAGCACGAGCACGGGCACGAGCAGCAGCAACAGCACCAGCAACAGCAGCAGCAGUGAGGCCAAAGCCAAAGCAGCCACAGAGGGUGCCCCAGCGUCAACAGCAGCAGCAACAGCAGCAGCAGCUGCAGAAGCAGCAUCUUCAUCUUCAGCCACCUCCUCCGCAUCAUCAUCUUCAUCAGCGUCAGCCGCAGUCGCAGCCGCAGCCUCAGCGAAGCCAGCAAAAGGAGCCACGUCAGGGGCCACUCCUGGAGCUAUGGAAACAGUCCCUGCGACCACAUCCACGAGCACAGCCAAGGGCAAGGCGGAGACAGCAGCAGCGUCGGUGGCAGCCGCCUCGUCCAAGGCGAAGGCGGAGGCGGGCACUGGCGCUGGCGCUGGAGGAGCCGCCUCUGACCUGCAGGCCAAGGGAAGCCAGAAGGCGGCCAAGACUGAGGUCUACAAUGCAACCGGAGAACGCGCCAACAAUCCAGCAACAGCAGCCUCAGCAGGAGCCACAGGAGCCACAACAGCUGCUGCUGCACCGCCAGUGGGCGUGACAUUGAAUGGCUUUAAGCCCGGCUACCAGAGCGUAGUGAUGGCCAACGUGAAGGCCUCCUCCGCCGGCGGCAGCAGCAGCAGCGAAGAAGCGGCAGCUGGAGGAGGAUCCGGAACUGGAUCUGGCGCCGGUGUUCCUGGCGUCGCUGGCGUAGCGGCGACGAAUGCAACGGGCGGCGAUAAAAUCGGCGUCAAGCAAACGCCAGCAUCGACUGCGGCCAGCGGAAGUUUUGCCCUGCCCCCCAGCUCGACGGCCUCGACGGAGCAGCACACGGGAGUGGGAGCGGGCGUGGGCGUGGGCGUGGGUGUAGGAGUGCCCACAUUGACAACGGCCACCACGGCGGGCAACUAUCUUGGCCAGAAGCUGAAGGCAGCUCAGGUGGAGGGCCUGGGUGCCGGCAACGAUCUGCUCUCCGAUGUCAGUGAUUCCAAGAGAAAGCGCUACAGCGAGAUGACAGCCAACGAAGUCCAUCAUCACCACAGCAACAGCAACAGCAACAGCAAUAGCAAUAGCAACAGCAUUAAGGCCAAUGCCAAUGCCAAUGCCAAUGCCAAUGCGAAUGCCAAGGACAUCAACAAGAUCCCAUCCUCAUCAUCCGCGGCGGCUGGAUCGGUGGCAGCAACUGCUGGAUCCAUGGUCAAUUCAUCAACGGCCGCCUCGACUGCCGGCCUGCUGAUCUCCGCCGUCGACUGCAUUAUGUCCACUUCAGCGUCGAGCGGUGCCCUUACCACGUCGGCCACAUCGUCCACAUCCGCAACCACAUCGAUGGCCAUGCAGAUGGCAUCCGCCGACGGCAGUGGCAGUGGGAUCGCAUCCAACAACUUGGAUGGCCUAGCACUGGACGGCAAAGACAAGCUGGCCAACUGCUUCGUGUGCAAGGCGGAGGCAUGUCCAAGGACGCGGCCCCUGAAGAAGGGCCGUGGGCAGCAGUAUGGCAUACCGGACGAGUCGAUACCGGCAGGGGCGCGGGUGUGCAACAGCUGCCAGUGCAAAUCGGUGCGGAACCGCUACCCGAGCUGUCCCCUUUCGACGUGCCCCAACCCCAAGGAACGGGCACAGCGGCUGCACAACAUACCGACGCGACUGUUCGAGCUGGCGCCCGAGGUGCGCGAUCCCGUGAUGGCGGAGCUCCAGAUACCGCCGCACGCGACGCGCUGCUGCUCCGCCUGCCUCAUGCGCAUCCGGCGCAAGCUCGACCCUCAGCUGAAUCUCACGGACGCUGCCGGCGGCGGGGGCAGCGGCGGCGACGAGACGGACGUCAGCACCUCGUCCUGCGACGAGCGAGAGCCUGGCGGCUCCGACACCGCCUCCGUGGAGAGUCCCGAGAAUCUGCAGCGCCACAAGCCCCUGACCCUGACCAAGCAGCAGCAACAGCACCAGCUUGGGAUCCAGUUGCCCCAGCCGCCUCCGCCAGUCCCCCAGCAGCAUCCGCACCAGCAGCAGCAGCAGCAGCACCUGCACCAGCAGAAGCCCUCGCCCGUAGGCGUGGGACUGCGCGGAAUUCCCGAGCUGCCGCUCAUCAUCACCCCCACGCGGAUGAGCUCCAAGGCAUCGUCGGCGGCGGACAACGAGCGUCUGCUGCCCCCGGCCGCCGGACAGGCGCCCAAGAAGCAGAAGACCAGCGAGGAGUACGACUCUUCGGCCACGGAGACGGCCGACGAGGAGAACGAGAACUCUCCGGCCAACCGCCAGAGCCCCAAGGUGCUCUUCAACGCUGUCCACGCCCACGGUCACGGCCAUGUCCACGGACACGUGCACGGACCUGGACACGGCCAUCCGCAUGCCCACGGGCACGGCCAUGGACACGGACACGGACAUGGACACGGACACGGUCAUGGCAGCAACAAUCUAGGCGGACUGCAGCCACCAAACGCCGCAGGAGUGGGAGUGGUGAUGGGAGGAGCCGGAAUGGGAGGAGUGCCGCCCGGAAUGAGUCCCGGAAUGGGAGUCGGACAGCAGGGGCAGCAGCAGCAGCAACAGCAGCAACCACAGUCGCAACCGAUGAAUGGUCCCAUCAGCAUGCGCCGUGAGGCGGUCAACAAUGUGCAGGACUGCGUCUUCUCCGUGAUCGAGCGGUCGCUGAAGCACAAGGGACCGGAGCGCAAACAGUCCACGCAGCAGUCCUCCUCUGCCGGAGGAAUGCCCCCCAGCCAGGCCGCCUCCCAGCAGCAGCAACAGCAGCAGCAGCAGCCGCCUCCCUCCCAGCAUCCGAACAAUCUGGAGCGCAAGGAGCUCACUAUUGUCCGGGAGUAUCGGCAGGACGGGAAUACGGCUAUCCUAAAGCAACAGCAGCAGCAACAGGUGGUGGGUGGACCGCCCAGCGGCCUGCCGCACGGCACCUCCGUGCAGAAGCUGCCGUCGCGUCCAGCGGCCGUGCCACCGCCGUCAUUCUCCAGCAGCGGCAACGGAACCAGCAGCAGUAGCGACGGCAACCUGGCCACCCUCUCCGUCGUCAACUCCCAUCUAGGGGGAGUCGGUGUGGGCGUGGGUCCGCUAACACAUCCCGGACUUAUAGGCCAUCCCGCCGCCACGUCCGUGGGAGUGGGUGCCAGUGUUGGGGACAAGGCCACCAUUACGCCCGUUGUGAAGUCCGGGAUAGGUGCGGGCUCCUCCAAGGGCGGGCUCCCGUCCAGCCACUCAGCACCGCCGCCACUCGGCACCGAGACGAUCAUAUACAAUGUCCCCACGAGUCACGGACCGCCACCCACCCAUCCGCAGCGGGGAGUGCCGCCACCAAGCCAGCAGGGGUCGGACUCGGAGCCGCAGACCCUCGACUUGAGCAUCAAGAAGCCGCCGAGGGACAGGGAUGGCCACUCGCCCCACACGGGACCUGGCGGAUCGGGUGGAUCUGGUCCCGGGGGAUCCGAGCGGCACCAUGUGCCACCGCCCUCAAUGUCCAGCGCCAUGAAGCACAUCGUCCGCUCCACGGCCAUGUAUCGCGGAGAGGCCGUCUCCGUGCCGACGCUGGCGACGGCCGGCUCCUACAUGUACCAGCAGCCGCACGGCCCGCUCAAGGUGACGGGCGGACCCGAAGUGGGACCCCUGGCGGGAGCCGGGCCCGGGCCGGGUGGCUCGAUCUACGUCCAGCCAGUACCAGUACCUGUACCCAUCUCCAUUGGCCAGGGCCAGAUGCCGCCGCGCUCCAGCCAGCCGCCCCCGGCCCAGCCCCAGCACCAGCCGCCGCCCCCGUCGGGCGGACGAGUGUCCUCCAAGGUGCAGCCGAAGCUCAGUCCCCAGCAGGCGCACCACCUGCAUCCGGCCCACGCCCAGCAUGGCCCCCACCCGUCGCACCAUCCGUCACACCCAUCGCAUCCGUCGCACCCGUCACAUCCCUCGCAGCACGCGUCGCCCUCCCAGCAGCAACAGCAGCAGCAGCAGCUGCUGGUGAAGAGCGGCUCCAUCACACACGGAACCCCGGCGAAUAGCGCCCAGCAGCAGAUCAUCGUGCACGCGGCCACCUCCUCGUCGAUGCUCAGCCCCAAGUUCGAGAGCAUGGUGCGCCAGACACCGCCCGGAGUCGUGUGUCCGCCGGACAGCGGCAAGCAUGGCUCCAUCACGCAGGGCACGCCCCUCCAUCUGCCGCAGCACCAUCUGGAGAGCAAGCGGGCGUACGAUUUCUACAAGAGCUCGCAGCGCCACAGUCCCGCCCAGGCGGGACCCGGCUCCGGACCAGGUGGGCCCGUGCCCGGCCAGCUGCCGCCACCACCGCAGCAAUCCUCGCCCCAGGCACCGCCCCCGCAGGGAUACGGCGUCGGGGUGGGUGUCGGCGUGGGCUCUCCCUACGGCCGCUCCCCCUUCGUUGGGGAGCAGGCCCCGGUGCUGAGCACGCGGCAGAUCGUGAUGCACGACUACAUAACCUCGCAGCAGAUGCAGGGCCAGCAGCAGCAGCGCAACGUCUCGCGCGGCAGCGCCAGCGACAAGGACAAGGAGUCGCCCUCUCCGCGCAACAGCGUCGGCAGCAGCAGCGGCGGCUUCGCUUACGACAAGGAACCGACGCCACGUGGCCGGCCCGAGUACUCGAGCCGUGCGUCCCCGGCGGAUCAUGCCAACAGCACACCCAGUCCACAUCGUACGCCUCCGCCGCAACGUCAGGGUGUGAUACAACGCCACAACACAGGUUCCAAGCCACCCUCGCCCGCUGCUCCGCCGCCGAGCCGCAUGCACAUCGUGACGCCCUACCAGUAUCCACCAGCUGGCCACGAUGCACUGGCCUCGUUUGUAGACGUGGCCGUCCAGCAGCCACAGCUGCCGGUACCGUCGCAGAAGGGCGACAAGUCGCCGGGCUCUUCACAGCCGGGCGCAGGAGGACCACCAGGUCCAGGGGGUCCCCAUGCCGGACCACAGGCCCCGCCGCCGCAUGCCGUGGCAGUGUCCCAGGUACCGCCGGCAGCCCAUCAUGACAUGCGGUACCGCGAUCUGGCCAUACACCACCAGCAAAUGGUGCACCAGCAGCAGCUCGUCCAGCAGCAGCUCGUCCAGCAGCAGCAGUACCGCCAGCACCUGCAGCGCCAGCAGCUGCAGCACAAUCAUGCCAUCGAGCGCGACCGCGAGCUCCUCCAGAACCAGGAGCGCAUGCAGCGCGAAAGGGACCGCGAGCGUGAGCGCGAACGGGAGCGGGAACGAGAGCGCGAGCGGGAGAGGGAGCGCGAAAGGGAACGGGACCGUGAGCGGGACCGUGAACGGGAGCGAGAACGAGAGCGUCGCGAGCAGGACAGAGAGCGUCGCGUGGUGGCCGAAGAGCGGGAGCGCCGCAUGGAGCGGGACCGCAUUUUCGCCAGCGGCGUGGUCACUGCAGCCGGACCCGGUGGCCCCCCACCGCCAGGACACUACAUACGCGCCCCAGUCCCCGAGACGGGACCACCGCGCUCCAUUCCCGAUCGCGAGCGAGAAUACUAUCGGCCCCCACAUGCCAGCCAGCCCACUGAGGAUGUCCCUGGCCAGCUGAGCGCCCAGAACCUGAUCGAUGCCAUCAUCAAGCACCAGAUAAGUCGCACCAACGACGCCACCGGAGCCACCGGGCGCGAGUACACGCGAGCCCCAUUCCAAUACCAUCGACAGCCGCUGGAGCUGGCGGCGGAGAACAAUGGCAAGGCCAACUCCCAGUCCCCGAACGUCAUCAACAUUGAUCUGGACCAGGAGCGCCUCUCCGCCGCAGCCGCCGCGGCGACGGCUGCCAUCCAGCAGCAACAGCAACAGCAACAGCAGCAGCAGCAACAGCAACAGCAACAGCAACAGCAGCAACAGGGUCCUCCGCCGCAGCAGCAGUCGAGCCAGUCGCGAUCCGUUCACGGAUCGAUGCGCGGCCAGCCGCAUACGCCCACAUCCCAGGCGCAGGGUCCCGGACCAGCACCCAGUCCCCAGCAGAUCCACACCAAGAGCAUCACCUUCGGAGAGCUCACCGACUCGAUCAUCACCAACGACUACGUCUCCAAUCCACACAUGCGGCCCACGCCCCCAUUCAUGACCUACAUGGAGGGGCCGCCGCAGACGAUGCUUCCGCCAGACCGCUGGAAGCAGAACCGACGCAUGCAGCACAAGGCCGAGGAGGCCAAGCACCAGGCGCAGCAGCAGCAACAGCAGCAGCAGCAGCAGCAGCAACAGCAGCAGCAGCAACACCACCACCAGCAGCACCAGCAACAGCAGCAGCACCACCAGCAGCAGCAGGGCAUGCCCGGCAGCGGUGGUCCUGGCGGCGGACCCAGUGGGGGACCAGGAUCCUCCGGAGGUCCGCCCGGCGUCAGGGCAAACACGCCCGAGGACGGACGCAACAUCAUCCGCAUGCCCCAGCCGGUCAGCCCCCGCAAGUACGCCCAAGAGCUUAUGCUCCACCAGGCUGUGGUGGCCGGCGGAGACCCCGGCCACUACUACCUGCCCGGCCCCGGCUCGGUUGUGGGUCGCGUGGGCGUUCCUCCGCCCCCCGACCAGCGUGUGCCGGGCGGAGGCGGUGCGGACGGAUCCGUGACCACCAUAUACAAAUACGUGAAGAACCGCAUCGCGGAGGUGAUGCGUGACGACAUCGGCUCUUCCAAGAACCGCAUCGUGGAAGUGCGAUCGGAUGACGAUCCCGGCGACCUAGUGGCCCAGUCGAACGCAGUCGUAGCAGCGCACGCCGCCCACAUGGUAGCCGCCUUUGAGCACCAGCAACAACAACAGCAGCAACAGCAGCACCGCAGCAAGGAUCCCCAGCAGCCGCCACCGUCGCACGAGAUCAGCGUGUCCCGGAAGACGCCCAACCAGUACGAGGUGGUCGACGGCAGCGGUCGACGCUCGGGCGGCGCCGGCUCCAAUAGCCACCACCCGUCGGCCUACCAUCCGCCACCGCAGGCCUUCGCCGCCAGCACCUACACCUACCCGUUCAGCGCACUCACCGUGCCCAGCGCUGCGGGCGGGCUGCCGCCGCCGCCGCAGGCCAUGCAGCUGGCGCACCAGCCAGCGCCGCCCAGCCACCUGAGCGCCAAGACCAAGGCGGCGCACGCCCUGAGCGAUCUUGGGGGCGCGGGCGGGGGCGUUAGUCUAGUGGUGGGCGGCGGCGGAGCCGGCCUCGGACCCGGUGGCGUGGGUGGCCCCGGGGGUGGUGGCGGUGUCGGACAGGGGGGUGGCUCCCUGAGUUCCAGCAAAUCGGCGGCCGCAGCCGCCGCGGCGGCAGCAGCAGCAGCGGCCAGCGAGCCAAAGCCUCUGCUGUCGUCCAAGUACGAGGCACUGAGCGACGAAGAUUAGUUGUGACUGCAGGCGUCGUCGUCGGGUCUACGACAUCUGACGGCAGCAGCGACGGCGCCUCCAGCAGCAGCUUCAGCAUCAGCAGCAGCAGCGGCAGCAGCAGCGGUAGCAGCAGUCAACAACCCCCUCAGCCCGCUGAGCCUGGUCUACGGCUACGGCUAUCGACGGCACCAUCCGUCCGUGCAGCCAGCGCACGCUCAUCCGCACACGCUACCGCUCCCGCUUCCGCUUACACACCAGCAUACGCAUCCACAUGCCCAGCAGCUUCCGCUACCGCUGUCGCUAACGACGCAUCAGCAGCCCUCGCCCCGGCACCCCUACCAGCCGACGGCGUUGCCUCCGCCCCUGCAGUCGCAGCAGCAGCAGCAGCAUCAUCAUCACCAGCAACAGCAGGCGCAUCAGCAGCAGGCGGCGCAAGAGGCGGCGCAUCAGCAGGCGGCGCAGCGCGCGCACCAGCAAGCAGCGGCCCAGCAAGCGCAUCUGGCGGCCCAGGAAGUGGCGCAGCAGCGGGCGGCACAGCAGCGGGCACUGUACUAUGCGAGCGAGCAUUACGCGGCCAGCGGCGGUGGCAGUGCUGCCGGCGGUAAUCCGGGCUACUACUGACACCAGCAGGAUCAGGAUCGUAUAUAAAGAGCGAAACGAUGCACCAACAACUAUACGUAUAUAUAUACAGAUACAGAUACAGAUACAGAUAUAUCUAGGAACGAAGAGAGAGAGAAAAUGUAAAAAGCAAAACACAGAAGAGAGAAACGCGUUGGCAUAGGCCAUGGGCGAUAGGCUUUAAGAGUGCAACGGCAAAAGUAAACACAGCGAGGGCGAGGGAGAGUGAGUGGGUGAGCUGGAGAGAUAGAGGGAGAAAGUUUGCUGAUGCCCAAAUUCUUGGCACUCCUCCUCCCUCCCACACACACACAUGCACGCACCCAUUGUUAGUGUAGUUAGGAUUAGCACAAAAGGAGGAGAGCGGAAAUGGAAAAGGAUUUAAGCUGGAAAUCGGCAAUCGGCAAUCGGCUAUUGGAAAUCGGAAUUCGGAAAUCGGAAAUCUAUUUGACAUUUAUUUAAAUUUGAAGCUUAGAUUAGACGCAAUUACAAAUGAAAUUGUUUUUUAUUGGACUGGUACAUAUGUACAUACAUGCCUCCCACACCACCCCACUACCCCACCCUCCCUAUUCCCCCUUGAGAGACAGAAGCAGACCUGCUGCUGCUGCUGCUCCUGCAACUCUUGGGCCCCACUCUGGACUUCACUCCACUCCACUUCACUCUAUCUCUCUCUCUCUCUCUCUCUCUUAGAUGGCGCACACACACACAUGCACCCGCUCUUUAGAUAUUUGGAUCUCCCCCUUUUAGUUCCCCCACCCCUCCAAUGUGAGAGAGCCUUUGGGUUCCAUCAAUGUCCUUUUUACUGUUCCCUUGUGUGUGUGUGUGGGUGUGUAUUUUGCGUUUGGUGUCUAUUUGCUGUCGUGCAACAAGUGUUUCCCUUCCUUCCCCUCCCCAACCGAAAGCCCCCCCCCCCACGCCCUCAGUCGAUAGAACAUUGUGAAUGGUAGUGACAAAAUAACUAUAUAUAUAUAUAUAUAUAUAUUUAUAUAUAUAUAUAAAAAGCACAUAAAUGUAUGUAUAACAAGAAGCCACACACACAAUAUACAUAUACAUAUACAAAUACAUACACACACCGUAAACGUAUAGAUAAGAGUAAAUCAAGAGGAAAUAUAUAGAGAAACACACACUGUUGGGCUGUUCUUAGAAAAGAGAAAAAAGAUCUAAACAUAAAAGGAAAACGAAAUUAGAGAAGGAGGUAAAUUUAUUAUUUUAAACUGUAGCAUAACCUCUCCCGCCCCGCCCCGCCCCGCCCUCUCCCAACACACACACACCCACACACAUUAUUUAAACGACUUUUUGUAAAUUUCAUAAAAGAAAGAAGAAAAGAAAGAACUGCGCUUAAGUUUAGCGAGAGCAUCGUUUCAAUCGAUCUUAUCUAUACGUACCACUUUACGAUUACGAUUACGAUUACAAUUACGAUUACGAUUACGAUUACGAUUAUUAUUCGUUUAUAUAUAUAUAUUAUAUUUUUUUUCAAUUUUAUAUACGCAAAAUUAAUUUACGAUGGAUUUUUGUGUGUUGCAUCCACUGUAAGCGAUCGCUAUUAUUGGAUUAUGAUUAUGUACUACGUUUACUGCUAAGCUAAUGAAAUGUCGCAUGUAAGUCAAAUAAAGAAACGAAAAAAAGAAAACAAAAGAAAAGAAAAGAAAAGAAAAGAAACCCCCAUACAAAUGAUACAUACGAUGCACAUGUAAUACCAUACCUAGAGUUACAUAUGCAAGACGAGAGCAGGGGCCAGUUGAUGGCCAGAGCAUUAUACAUACAUAUAUAUACAAUAUAUAUUGAUGGAUGUACGUGUGUAUGUAUGUAUACGUGAAUAUAUAUGGGAUAUACAUAUGCAUAUUUUUUUAUAUAAACCCUAUGUCUUACGAAACAGUUUAGUGUUUAGCUAUUUUACUGUUUAAUUCGUUUUUUUUUUAACUUAUUUUUUUUUACAUGCAAACGCAAAAAACAAGAAUGAAACCAAUUGAAAAACCACAAAACAAAAUAAUUCAAUAUUUUUAAUACAUAAUGAAACUAAAACAAAAAAACAAUCUAUAUAUGUGUAUAUAUACAUAUAUAUACGAGUAUAUAUAUAUACAUAUAUUAUAAAGUAAACAACAAACGCUAAGACUUAUUCAACAAAACAGAAAACUGUAAAAUAUUAACGGAAAAUGAUAAAUAUAUAGAUAUGUAUGUGAAUGUAAAAGCUAACGGUAACGAUACCGAUAAAGAUAAAGAUAAU